GUAUUCUAUUCGUACUUCUAGCAAGGUCAGCAAAAGGUCGCAAAUUUCUCUAAUAACAGGGAGGAAUAUUAAAAGCAAGGAAUUUCUUGGAAAAUUCACUUCAUUUGCCCGUUGAACGAGUUACAAUUAUUUUAAUCAAAAUGGCACGUCGUUUCUGUGUUGGUGGUAAUUGGAAAAUGAAUGGAGAUAAAAACUCCAUCAAUUUAAUUUGCCGCAAUUUGGUUGCUGGACCAUUGGAUCCAAAUACUGAAGUUGUUGUUGGAUGUCCAGCUGUUUAUAUUGAAUAUGCAAAAUCACUUUUGCCAGCAGAAAUUGCUGUUGCCGGUCAGAAUGCUUACAAAGUUCCAAGCGGUGCAUUCACCGGUGAAGUAUCACCAGCCAUGUUAAAAGAUGUUGGAGCAACAUGGGUCAUUCUCGGCCAUUCGGAGCGCCGUCAAAUUUUUGGUGAGACCGAUGAAUUGAUCGCUCAAAAAGUUGUGCACGCUUUGGAAGCUGGUUUGAAAGUGAUUGCUUGCAUCGGUGAAACAUUGCAAGAACGUGAAGCCGGUCAAACUGAAGCCGUUGUAUUCCGUCAAAUGAAGGCCUUUGCUGAUGUUGUUAAGGAUUGGUCAAAUGUUGUUGUUGCAUAUGAACCAGUUUGGGCUAUUGGUACUGGCAAAACAGCAACACCACAACAAGCACAAGAGGUUCAUGCCGCUUUGCGAAAAUGGUUGGUCGAUAACAUUUCGGCUGAUGUAUCAGCUUCACUUCGCAUCCAAUACGGUGGUUCAGUAACAGCUGCAAAUGCCAAGGAAUUGGCCUCACAACCUGAUAUUGAUGGUUUCUUGGUUGGUGGUGCAUCAUUGAAACCAGAAUUCGUACAAAUCGUUAAUGCAAGACAAUAAAUUCAAAUUUACUCUAUCAACUAUAUCCGAAAUAAAAUUGAAACUAUCCCAGAACAGCAUGGAAAAUCAUCAUAAAAUGCCAUUUGAAAAUUGUUCGCAAUGACAUUCUGAAAAGAAAUAAAACUAAAUAUAUUUUAGUUUAAGCAAAAAAUA